AUGGCUGCUGUCAACUCAAGCCCCAGUGGCUUCUCAUAUGCACAGGCCGCUGCCAAGGCCCACGCACCAGCGACGAAUUCGCAAACACCAUCCAGCAAGGUGACUUCAGGCACCGCUACUCCAGCUACCGGCACCUUCUCUGAACUCGGGCCAAACAGCAAUUGGGCCGACGAUGUAGAAGCUACCGAGGGAGACAAGACCACGGAGUCCAGAAAGACCGCACAGAAGCAGGCCGAGCCUUCACAGGCCAAGGACAGUGCUGUUGAGCGCACCAAGUCUGAGAGCCGAGCUCAAAACGGUUCGUCCGGCGUAUCAUCACCAGACCUCACAGCAUCAUCGAGCACGACUAAUACGGACGAUGCUUCCUCAGCGCCCAGUGGCGGUUCGUCAUCAGAGACGACUUGGGACACCAAGUCGCAGAACUCCGAGCCAGCUUGGAUAGCUGAGCGUAAGGAGCGGCAGAGUGGCCCAGCAGAUGAGGGCCGAGGCAAGCGUGGAAAGAAGGAGGGAAAAGAGUCAAAAGAGGCCAAGGAGGCUAAAGAGGCCACGGAAGCACCGAUACCUCAGCCCCCACCCAAGCCGGUUGUGCUCCACGAUGCACCACCACCUGCGGUGAACCCCUGGGCAAAGCGCAUGGAAAACGCCAAGUCCAAGCCAGCAGCCCCCAUCUCCAUACAGUCACUGUCACGACCAGCUCCGCCAGCUCCACAUACUCAGAGUGGUCUCAAGGAGAACCAGCGGCCGAGAGCAGAUUCACGGAAGAAGGCGAACUCGGUGACGAGCGUUGCUCGUGAGGCAGAGACUCCAGCCACUGGUGAUGUGAAGAAGGCAGGUGGCGUUCAAGGUAAGCGUGCCAACCAAGUACGUCCCAAGUCACGUCAAGGCUCUAAGCCAGUCACAGAAGACGCUCGCACGGAUUCGAUCACACCUUCCGGCAGACCGGCACAACGUGAGCACCAGAGCUUGCCGAACUUGAAUACAGCACCGCCACCGGUCAAAGAUGAGGUUUCGUGGCCAACGCCAGAGACAGCACAAGAGACUCAGCGCAAGGAAGCUGCUACUGCUGAGAAAGAUGCCGGCAAGGAAGCGGAUGAGAGCGGCGAUGCUGAGCAGAACGCUGGUGCCAAGUCUCGACCGAAGACGACGUGGAAGCCAAUUCCUGUCACGCCAACGAUCGUGUGGGAGACCGAAGAGAUGAAUCGGCCCCGCGGACAAGGUGAGAGAGGUGGCCGAGGUGGCGCUGGUAGGGGUCGCGGUGGAUUCCGAGGAGCUCCCAACGGCGGAAAGGCUGCAGACCGCGCAGCAGCGAGAGGCAAUGGCUCACCUGAGGAUGCUGAAGCCGGUGCUGGUGCAGGCCAGCGUGGUCGUUCCAACACAGUCGAUCGUGAGGCCAUGCCUCCUCCACCCAAGCCUGUCCGACCAUCCAGCGCAAGUGAGUCGCGUGAUGGACGCAAGGCUCGUGAGCAGAGCUUUUCUGGGCGCCAGCGAUUCGCAAAGGGUGCCACGGACGGCUUCUCGGGCAGCGAAACCACUGCUCCGUCCGUUCCCUUCUCCGAUGCACGUCGAGCCAAGUCACCUUCCAAGAUGGAUGACACCCAGGACGUGAAGAUUCCAGAGCCUAUUCCCCGCCGGAGUCCCAGCGACUCGCAGCGUGAGAGCAGCCGUGAAGACGGAUCCUCUCGUGAAGGCUCGGCGACGAAGGCGACUCCAGGAGAGGGCAAGAAGGAGUCGCGAUCUUUCGAAAGCCAUAACGGCAAGGAGUGGAAUGGUGCCCCACGUGGUGGAAAGCGUAAUGGCCGAGGCCGUGGUGGUUCUCGCGAGUCCAUCAACGGACAUCAGGCCAACCAGAUGUUCCCCAACGGCCACGCCAUCGAAUUCGCUGGUGGCAACCCAUUUGCCUCACCUACUUCACCUGCUUCGUACCAGCCAACUCGAGGGCAGUUCAACUAUGGAGGACGUGGAGGUUGGCCACGCAACCCAAAUCCUCGCUCACAGUCGAUACCUGUCGACAGUCCGUACGCAGGAGCGCGACCAUACUGGCCUCAGCCACCGCCUCCCAUGCAGACCUACUACCCCAACAUGUACGACUAUCAAGCUGGCGUGCCAAUGUCUGCCAUGCCUUACAACCCGAUGAUGGACCAGCAAUACCUCAUGGACAUGAUCAGCACUCAGCUCGAGUACUACUUCUCCAUUGACAACCUGAUCAAGGACAUGUACCUUCGACGAAACAUGGACUCGCAGGGCUACGUAUUCCUCGACAUCAUCGCCAACUUCAACCGCAUCAAGCAGCUCACCGUUGACAAGGAGAUGCUCAAAGCUGUCUGCCUUCGAUCUGACAUCAUCGAAAUUCGCGUAGGCGACGACGGUAAGGAGCGCCUGCGACGUCACAAUCAGUGGGAGCAAUUCCUGCUGCCUGUGGAUCAGCGUGACGCCAGCGCUCAGAACGAUGGUCCUCAGAAUGCCAAGCGUCCUGAGCACCCGCAAAUUCACAUCUGGUCACCUCCAAUGGGCGGUCGUCCACCUCCAUAUCCCGCCACUCAAGGACCGCAACGGAGGUCAUACGAUGCUGGGUUUGGCAUGAGCGGCACUGUCCCUUCCUUUGCUCCAUUCUCGCCACUGAGUGAGAAUCCCUUCGGCGACGUGCCUAAUGGAGACGAGAUUCGGGGACGUGCUGCCAAGUCUCCCAUCCGCGAGAACAGUGCUUCGCCCAUGCACCAGGCGAUCCUCAAUGCAGCUGAUGGGCAGGACACCGAACCCGACGUGUUCCCUGACGAGCACGCAGGCACUCUGACCGUCGUCGUGAAGAUGAACCCACAGCGUGCCCAUCAUCACGCCGCGGCGAGGACGUUCUCGAAUGGCUCGAUCGACACUCGCAGCGUCUUCAAUGAUCUUGACAAGACGGUCGAGGGCGUCCCUGCUACCAAUGGAGAGCCUGUCGUUAAUGGCGAGAAGCAUUCGCCAAACAUCACGCGCCUCUCAAGCCCAGGCAUUGGACGAUCUCCCGAAAAGACGAACGGUGCCGCCGAACUCAUGCUGCUCUGGGUGAAGGAUAAGGAAGUCCCUCAGGACAACCUCCCUCAGGACGCCACCCUCGAGCCCUACAUCCAGCUCCACCAAAAGGCGCUCGAUCAGCGCAAGCAAGCUGCCACUGGCACAUGCCCAUACGACCUCGAUGUCCUCUACCAGUUCUGGUCGCACUUCUUGAUCCGCAACUUCAACCGAAGAAUGUACGCCGAAUUCAAGAUGCUGGCGCAUGGUGACGCCGAGGAGCGUCACAACAAGGUCGGUCUACAGAACUUGGUUCAGUUCUACGCCAAGGCUCUUGGAAGCAGCAACACCAUCCGUGACCACGUUGUCAACGAUUACGUCCAGCUAGUCAAGAACGAGCCACAAAUCACCAAGGAUCUGGCGUUCAAGCAGCUUCGUUCGGCUUGGCGCAACGGGGCUCUCAAUCUUAAGAACCGCAAGAAGCUGACCGAGAUUUUGGACGAGUCACUGAGAGACCAGCUCGAGUCGUGA